CGGACGGGGGGAGGGAUGCUGAGGGCGUGAGGGUUUUCCGUUUGUUUGGAUGUGGGCGGUACGCGCACAGCCCGGGAAAAGCGGUAAAUGGCGGCGCCGAGCGCGGCCUCUCGGCCCUGUCUGCACCGAAAGGAGGUAAUGGCCGCUGACAGAGGGCGCAGGAUACUGGGAGUGUGUGGCAUGCAUCCUGACCAUCAGGAAGCACUAAAAAAGAACCGAGUGGUACUGGCCAAACAACUUUUGCUGAGUGAACUGUUAGAACACCUCCUAGAGAAGGACAUCAUCACCUUGGAAAUGAGGGAGCACAUUCAGGCCAAAGUGGGCAGUUUCAGCCAAAAUGUGGAACUUCUCAACUUGCUGCCCAAGAGGGGUCCCCAGGCUUUUAAUGCCUUCUGUGUGGCCCUGAGGGAGACCAAGCAGGGUCAUCUGGAGGAUCUGUUGCUCACUACCCUCUCUGAUCUUCAGCAUGCAAUCCCACCGUUGAGCUGUGACAACGACUGGAGUCUCCCCUUCCCCAUGUGUGAGUCCUGUCCCCCUCACAAGCAACUCCGCCUGUCUCCAGAUGCUGUGGAACACUCCCUAGACAAUGGAGAUGGUCCUCCCUGCCUUCAGGUGAAGCCUUGCACUCCCGAGUUUUAUCAAACACACUACCAGCUGGCCUAUAGGUUGCAGUCUCGGCCUCGUGGCCUGGCCUUGGUGCUGAGCAAUGUACACUUCACUGGAGAGAAAGACCUGGAAUUUCGCUCUGGAGGGGAUGUGGACCACAGCACUCUUGUCACCCUUUUCAAGCUCUUAGGCUACAAAGUCCAUGUUCUACUUGACCAGACUGCACAGGAAAUGCAAGAGAAACUUCAGAAUUUUGCCCAGUUACCUGCCCACCGUGUCACUGACUCCUGCAUAGUGGCACUCCUCUCUCAUGGCGUGGAGGGAGGCAUCUACGGUGUGGAUGGCAAACUGCUUCAGCUUCAAGAGGUUUUUCGGCUCUUUGACAACGCUAGUUGCCCAAACCUACAGAACAAGCCGAAAAUGUUCUUCAUCCAGGCCUGCCGUGGAGAUGAAACAGAUCGUGGGGUUGACCAGCAAGACGGAAAGAACCGCGCGGGGUCCUCCGAGUGCGAGGAGAGCGAUGACAGCAAGGAGUUGCUGAAGACCCGACUGCCCACGCGCUCGGACAUGAUCUGCGGCUAUGCCUGCCUCAGAGGCACUGCUGCCAUGCGGAACACCAAGCGGGGCUCCUGGUACAUUGAGGCCCUCACUCAAGUGUUCUCUGAGAGGGCUUGUGACACGCACGUGGCCGACAUGCUUGUUACGGUGAACGCACUUAUCAAGGAGCGUGAAGGCUAUGCCCCCGGCACAGAGUUCCACCGGUGCAAGGAGAUGUCUGAGUACUGUAGCACCCUGUGCCGGCACCUCUACCUGUUCCCGGGACACCCUCCCACGUGAGGCCAUCCUUGUCAUGAGGCCAUCCUUGUCGGCACGGAGGCCACCGGGCCUUUUCUCUUCAGACGCACGGUUUCUGUUCCCCCUCAGGGAUUGGGAAUCUCCCAGGCUUGUGGCACACCACGCCCCUCAUCGGCUCCUCCCGGUCUUCUAGCUCCAGGGACCAUAGGCCAGCGGUCUUGCUGAAGCUCCCUUCAUGUAGAGCGGGCUCUGGCUGGCCUGGCUGCCGGGAGUGUCUGGCUACUGUAGAGGCGCCUGGCGGAUGAUGUUGUGAACACAGGGUCUUGAUGGGGAGAGGGCACGUGGGUUGCCUCGCUGCUGGUGUUUGGUUCCCGCCCUCAGGGCUUUUACAGACAGCACUUUGGUAAUUGCUUUUAUUAGUUGUUUUUAUUAGUUAAGAUGUUUCAGAGGCCAUCUCCUGUCUUGUCUUUCUUUCAUAUCCCAACCCCGUUUCUCUCCGCCUGAGAGUUUGGAUUCAACAGAGGCAUUUUUCAUUUAGCCUCAAGAGGGCAGGUGGGACUAAACGCACACUGUGCCACUGUAUGUGUGGUUGUGACUUGUGCGCCCCUUGCGGCACCACGGGGCCACCCAGUGGAAGGCCCGUGUUCUCCACUGUUGGCUCCUUGAGGCUCAAGGAACCCAGCCUCUUGGCAGAGGCUACAGCUUGGAUGCCCUGUACCUAGAACUCGUUGAUCUUUGCCCAGGGAGGUUCCAAAGAUCUUUUAAUCGGUUAUUCUCUCUCUCUCAGCUUUUUUACUGAAAUGAGCCUCGCGGAGAAUGUUAGCAGAGGCAGAUAAGAGUGGUAUGCUUCCUCAUACUCCAUAACCUGUCCCCUUAUCAACUUUUUCUUCCUCUGAAAUGUCCCUUUUAAAAAGCGUCCUAGUUGUUAUCUCCCUACUUCCUGUUUCUCCCCUUUUCUCCUCUCUUCCUUUCAUGGCUGCCACCAAAUCUGUCUAAAAUACUACUUAAUUGGAUCAUUUGGCUGCUCAAGGAUGUCAUGUAGUAGUUUGUUCCUGCUUUCUGUUUCAGUAUCAAAUCCCCUUUUGAUUUUAUAUGGCCUGUUUCCCUUGCCAUAUGUCUCCAUUUUAGAGAGACUGUUGUUACAUGCGUUAUCAUGUGUGCCAUAUGAAGCUUCCCUGUUCUUCAAGGCCUCUUCUUGUACUUCCAUUCUUGCCCCCUCCAAUCUAAUCUCUAUAUGGCAGAUUUUCGUUUGGGGUCUUUAUAAAUCUGAUCAGGUCACUCUCCUGCUCGAAUUUCUGUUACACCUCAAGUAAUGUCCAAACUCCUAACCUUGGCCUGCAGGGCUCCAACAACCCCCCCCGGGCGGGGCCCCGGCUUGGACCUCACAAAAUGCUGAUUUCCCUCUUAGUGACAGCCCAGCCCCUUCCUCAGUUUCUCAAACAUUCUGAGCUCUUUCCCUGCCCUGGACCAUCGCAGACACUCUUCUGGGGUCUCCUGAGCUCCACUCCUCUCAAGUCGUGGCCUAAAUGCCACCUUCCCAAGACCUUUCUAUCUCUAAAUAAUCUUCCAUGUUUCCUUAUUACUAUAUCCUGUUUAAUCCCCUCAUUGCACUUAGCACAAUUUAUAAUUAUGUGUUUGCUUGCUUCACUUCAUUUGUCUCCCCAACUAGGUCAUAAGCUCCCUGAGGGUGGAAACCUUGUCUCUUUUGUUCUCCAGUAUGUACCCAGUGCCUGGCACAGGAUAGGUCUUCAAUAAAUGUUUUGGGACAAAAUUUCCCUUUAAAAUAUACACAAGUUUAGUAUUUAUACUCUAGAUUUUUCCAUGUGUUUUGUUCACUGAUACUGUUGGCUCUUGAAGACAGAUGCCCUCUAUCUCCUGUGGUACCUGGCACAGUGCCCAGCCUGUAGUAGUUCAGGUGCUCAAUAAAUACCUGUUUGGUGAGCCAGGUGGUUUGGAGACUUGUUGCGGAGUUCUACCCUUGGGUCGAAAUAUGGAAGUAUUCGGGUGAUAGAACCUUUCCACUUCCCACUGCCGGGAUUUUAUAUGCUUUCAGGUGCCAAAUAAACGCUCAUAUUUAUUACUGA